AUGAAUGAAACUUUCGUGAACAUCAGUAGGAUCUCACAAAAUGAAACUCUGCUGCAGAACACUUCCGACAACUUCGUCUACCCUUACAACGAGAGACCAGAAACCUACGUGGUUCCUGUGAUAUUCUUGCUGAUUUUUGUGAUUGGUAUCAUUGGAAAUGGAACCUUGGUCACCAUCUUCAUCAGGCACAAGAAUAUGCGCAAUAUUCCUAACACAUACAUCAUGUCGUUGGCGCUAGCAGACCUUCUGGUACUGCUGACCAGCGUACCCUUCACCUCCGUCAUAUACACCAUGGACUCGUGGCCUUGGGGAGCAACGAUCUGCAAAAUUUCGGAAACUGCCAAGGACGUAUCGGUCGCAGUGUCCGUGUUCACCCUCACAGCCCUGUCAGCAGAUCGCUUCUUCGCUAUAGUCGAUCCACUCAAGAGGUUUCACACCAGUGGCGGCAGCCGCAGCGCCAAACGAGUCACCAUCUGCGUCUCUGUAUCGAUAUGGGUUGCAGCCUUUCUACUCGCAGCACCUGCAGCAGCUGGAUCGCACAUAAAAGCACUGCCCUCGGAAGAGGAACCCCUGUUCAGCGUCUGCUACCCCUUUCCAGAGCUCUGGCUCAACGGAACCUAUCCCAAGGUCAUGGUCAUGGGCAAAUUCCUCACACUCUACGUCGCUCCCCUGACGGUGAUAGCUGUGUUCUACUUCGGCAUGGCCAUGUCUUUGAUAACGAGCAUGAGGAAUGUGCCAGGAGAGAUGAGGGAGCUGAAUAAACAGGUUCUAGCAAGGAAGAAGGUGGCAAUCACUGUCCUGGUGUUUGUUGGAGUGUUUGCUGUUUGUCUGGCGCCAUCCCAUGCGUUCAUGAUUUUCUUCUACUUCAACCCCAGGUCCGAUGAGUUGUACGACGGCUUUUGGCACUUCUUGAGAAUCUCAGGAUUUUGUUUGUUCUACAUCAAUUCCUGCGCCAACCCCAUCGCGCUUUAUUUCGUCAGUGGUGCAUUCAGGAAGUAUUAUAACAGAUAUCUUCUCUGCAUAAAGACCAACUUCUCCAGAAGAAGCAGCCAACGCAACAGGCAGACAUCGAUUUCAUUGCUGUCAUCCAGAACAAGCCAUUCUGCAUCACGAAGAGAUAAGGUAUUGGAAAUGAAACCAAUGCUGGACACGAGAAAAUCCCAAAAUGAGUUCAAGAAAGUCAAGGACAAAGUUGAAGGAGUCUUGAUUCAAGCUGGUUGA